AUGUUCCAGCGUUUAAAUAACACUACAGUCAGUUUUCUUCCCAAUAAUACCGACGCAACCGCUGUUGCAACGGUCUCCCCGGCCAACUACGCUCUGGCUUCCACCGUCGCGGUGAUCUGCACCGGAACGCUGAUCUAUAACGCCCUGGUGAUCCUGGCGUUCGUCAAGGACCCCUCCAUCCGUCAACCCUUCAUGUUCUACCUCCUCAACGUCUCCCUCUGCGAUUUCGGUUUAGCCGGCAUCAGCAUGACCGGGUUUGUCUGGUUCACGCUGUCCCCCGCCGCUAGCGCCACCUACUGUCCGUACUACAAUUUCCUGGAUAAGAUCUUCACCAUCGGGACGGGGUACACGGUCCUCCUGGUCAGUCUGGACCGGGCGUUCUCCCUGUUCUUCCCGCUGCGGUAUCGGUAUUUCCGCUCGAAUAGGUCAACGCUGGCGGUGUGCGGAUUGACCUGGCUGGGGAUUACGGGGCUGUGUGGGCCGUACGUGGUGAUGGACGCGCUGUGGUAUCGGUCCAUGACGCUGCCGUGUGUUAUCAACGGCCCGGCGCAGAAGGGGUAUUCCCUGGUGAUGGAGUUUGCUGCGUAUGAUGCUCCGGCGGUGUUGGUGCUGCUCUGUACGACGGUGAUUGUCGUGAAGUUGUACGGACGCAGCCAGCUGCGGCGUUUAAUUAAAGGUACCGGAAAAAAAAUGCCCAUUACGGGCUCGGUACAGUAA